GUCAUCAUCUUUUCUCAUUGGCGGCUGAUGCUUCAAUUUCAUCUUCAACUUCAUCGGUCUGACAUUCGAUGAUUGUAUGGCUUUUAUCAUCCUAUAGCGUUCAAGCAUCCCAUCAUUCAGACAAGACUAUGAUCCAAUGAGCAGGUAGCUUCAAGGAACAGGCGGCGAUCUUCUUCCUAUACAUCACUUAUCACAAUCAUGCUGCGACGAGCUCUCUUUCGAGCUUCGCAAACGCCCACGCGAAUCCUCCGCAACCAACCAAAACGCCGUUACACCACCGAGCCACCAUCACAGCCAUCUGCACAAUCUCGAAUUGAUCGAUUCAAUCGAAGACUCCCCAGAUUCCUCCACAAAUACACUAGUGCCCUCGGCAACGCACCGCUCACUCACAUAUCCGCAUUCCUGCUUCUGCAUGAGAUCACGGCCAUUGUUCCACUGCUCGGUCUAGCUGCCACGUUUCACUACACUCAUUGGUUGCCCUCAUGGUUUGCGGAAGGAGCUUGGGUUCUGCAGGGCGUGGAACGGUUUGGGAAGUACUUCCGCAAGAAAGGCUGGAUUCGGAGUGCGGAUGCAGAUGAGGCGGACUUGGAGGUGCAAAUGAGGAGGAGGGAUAAGGCGUGGAACAUCAGCGAAGGCGGUGUUAGGGUUGUUGUGGAGUUUGCUACGGCCUAUGCGAUCACGAAAAUGCUCUUACCAUUGAGAAUCGUUCUCAGUGUCUGGGGAACGCCCUGGUUUGCAACGAGGACAGUCAUACCACUGAUGAACCGCGUCAAGAGGAUAUUUGGAAGGGGAAAGAAUCCAAAGGCAUCUCCAGCUGCAGGUACAGGAGCUGUAGAGGGAUCUGCUAUCUCGAAAAAUGGCAAGGGUAAUAAUUAGAGCUACGGUGCUAUACCCAAGGAUAUUGCACGCAGUUGUAGGGCUGAUUUCAUUUUGUAUAUACCCUGUGUUAUAAAGAUCUUCAGAUGUAUAGUUUUUACUAGUGUACUAGUAUAACGACUGCCGUUGAAGAUAGGUGAAGUAUAGCGAUUAGGAAUCUUU